GGAGGGGCGGGGCAGGAGGUGGAGGCGCCGCGUAAGCCGGCGAGGCCGGGCCCGCCCGGCUGGGAGCUCGAGCCCCAUGCACCGCCGCCUCCCCUCACGAUGUUCCCCUCCCGGAGGAAAGCGGCGCAGCUACCCUGGGAGGACGGCAGGUGGGAUAGUUCCCCAUGCUCAUCUCCCCGGUCUCCACCCCACCCCCAAAAAGAGCUCAGAGGGAGAAUUUGUAGAGGCUCCAGCCUUCCCAGGCCAGUGGCAGGAUUGGCUUCUGCUCCUCCCCAGCGGAAACCCCCACCACAGGACAAUGGGGGGUCCAGGCUGCUCCCCAGCAGCCUCCACCGGAAAUGCUCCAUCUUCCACCUCUUCGUCGCCUGUCUCUUGCUGGGCUUCCUCUCCCUGCUCUGGCUGCAGCUCAGCUGCUCUGGUGACAUGGCCUGGGCAGCCAGGGCACAAGGGCAGGAGACCUCGGGCCCUCCCCGGGCCUGCCCCCCAGAGCCCCCACCUGAGCACUGGGAAGAAGACCCGUCGUGGGGGCCCCACCGCCUGGCAGUGCUGGUGCCCUUCCGUGAGCGCUUCGAGGAGCUUCUGGUCUUCGUGCCCCACAUGCAUCGCUUCCUGAGCAGGAAGAAGAUCCCACACCACAUCUACGUGCUCAACCAGGUGGAUCAUUUCAGGUUCAACCGGGCGGCACUCAUCAACGUGGGCUUCCUGGAGAGCGGCAACAGCACGGACUACAUCGCCAUGCACGACGUGGACCUGCUCCCUCUCAACGAGGAGCUGGACUAUGGCUUCCCGGAGGCAGGGCCCUUCCACGUGGCCUCCCCAGAGCUCCACCCGCUCUACCACUACAAGACCUAUGUCGGCGGCAUCCUGCUGCUCUCCAAGCAGCACUACCGGCUGUGCAACGGGAUGUCCAACCGCUUCUGGGGCUGGGGCCGUGAGGAUGACGAGUUCUACCGGCGCAUCCAAGGAGCUGGGCUCCAGCUAUUCCGCCCUUCAGGAAUCACAACUGGAUACAAGACAUUUCGCCACCUGCAUGACCCAGCCUGGCGGAAGAGGGACCAGAAGCGCAUUGCUGCUCAAAAACAGGAGCAGUUCAAGGUGGACCGGGAGGGAGGCCUGAGCACUGUGAAGUACCGCGUGGAGGCCCGCACAGCCCUGUCUGUGGGCGGGGCCCCGUGCACCGUUCUCAACAUCCUGUUGGACUGUGACAAGGCUGCUACCCCCUGGUGCACAUUUGGCUGAGUUGGCUGGACAGUAAGAAGGCCAGUACCUAUAGGCCACACUGCUACUCAGGCCCUGGACAAAGCCUCAGUUCCCGGGCCCAGUCUGAUAGGACGUGGAGUGGCCUGAAGCAGCGGACAGCAAGCCACGUGUCUGCAGCCAGGGCAGGACACACAGGCCGCCGGGGACGCUGCUCGCAGUAAGCUGAUGCGGGGGGCCGCUGCGGCGCCCGGCCGCCCCCUGCGCCCCACCUCUGCCUGCCCUGCUCUGUCUGCCUUCGCGCACCUGGAUCUGUGGGCCUUGGUUCCCCACUCAGCACCACCUCGUACAGAGGUGAGGUGUAGAGGCAAGGCCGCCAAACACGUGGCCAGGGCCAUUGGGAGGGUUAAAGUGCAGACAAGAGAGUACAGGCCCCACAGAAAGGGACACCGAGAGCCACUCUAGCUGGUGUCACACAUGGGAAUGUGGGCCUGGCAUUGCUGGAUCUUCUGAUUUUUCAAGAGAAACUAGAAUUCUGGAUUCUUAAGUGAAAUCAGUUAAUUAUUAAAUAAUAGCAGCUAAUUAAAACUCAAAAAGUAUGGCAAUCCAAACAAAA